AUGUUGGAAAAGAGGGCUGAUAGUAUGAGAGGGAAGGAGGGCGAGAAGGCGGUAGAGAGGAGGGAGCCCGUAGGUAGAAAAUGAAAGGGUGGGUGGGAUGUGAUGAGUAUAAAGGCUUUGCUGUAGGGAAUUAGGAAAUAUUUCACAGGAGUAAAUACUGGGUGAUAUUUCCAAACCUUCUCCCUUCAUCCAGAUCACACAUAAGGAAGAUGAGGAGCCUCCUUCAGCUCUUGGCCCUCUGUGCUGUGGUCUCCCUCUGUGUCUGCUAUGAUUCUAAUGAAAGCAAUGAAUCCCAUGAAGAUUUAUUUGUGCCUCCAAAUCGAGCCAACUCCUUCAUCCAGGGGAGCAGACGUCCCACACCCAGAGCAAACCGCUACAACCAGUACUUCUUGAGGAAGUCUCCAGCAGAGAUCCGUGCAGAGACCUGUGAGGACUACUCGCCCUGCCGCUUCUUCGCCUACCGCUUCGGCGUCCAGCACGCCUACCAGAGAUACUUCGGAGGCCGAAACCCACCACAGCUGCAGCAGAUGCAGCAGCAGCAGCGCUACAGACCGACGGGGACUCGUCGGUACUAACACCUGAGUGUUAGGGCGGCACCCUCGUUACCACCUGUUCCUUCCCUCCACAUCUGUUAAAGUUUUGUAUAAUUUAAACCUUUUUCUCAGUUUUGCCAAGAGAGAGAAACCUGGAUAAUACAGGAGUCCAGUGUGUCCUGAAUCCUAUUCUUACAUUUACAGAUAUUAACAUCUGAUUCCUCAUGUAAUCUUAUUUUAGUGUCUUGUUUUUGAGCUAGAAAUGUCAGAAUGAAAUGUCUGUUAUAUUAUCCAUCUAUCUUUUUUUUUUUCCUGAAAGAAAUAAAAAUAAAACUUAUUUCUUGAA